UGCAGGGAGAGAUACUAUUAUAAUUUGUGUUUAGUUUAUUGCCGGUUUCGUUGUUUUACUAAAAUGGAAAUCAAGUUAUUGGAAAGAAUACAGAAACUCGGGUACAAUGGGGAGUUGAUAGAUUCCAAUAAAUAUAUGGAAGCCUUAAAACUAGGCCCAAAGUCGCCAGAAUUUACAAAACUUGUUGCAUGGCUGGCAGAUGAAAUAGCAAUACUCAAUGAUAUGGAUGAAACUAUCCAUCCAAUAGUGUCAUCAGAUGAUUCUAGUUCUUUCUUAUUAGAAUUAAGCUGUUUUCUUAAGGAAUUAGGAUGUCUAAAUGAGAGACUAAUGUCAGGUAAUAUUAACUCAAGAUUGUCAACUCAACAAGAUAGGUAUAUUUUGUUAGAUUUUUUGGGAGCAGAAUUGAUGGCUUCCAGAUUGAUAGAAUCUAAACGACAUAAAACUUCAACUUCCGUGGAUGUUCAUGUUGAAGAAAGUGAUACAGCUAAAGACUUGAAAGAUCUCUUAGUAGCAUUAAAUUUUGAAAAACCACCAGAUGAUAUUACUCCUGAGAAAUUAUUUGCAAGACUAGAGAAUAAGUUGAAAGAUGUACUAAAAACAGUUCCACCUGAGCUUAUAGGUCAGCCAUUAAUUACUAAAGACUUUACAGAAAAAGAAUGGAAAGAUUUAGAACACAUUCAACAGGAAUUGCAAGACGAAUAUAGAAUGCGACGCGAUAUGUUACUCAAACGAUUAGAUGUAACAGUACAAUCUUUUUUGUGGUCGGAUAGGGUAAAGACUCGAGAAGCUGAGCUAAAUAAACGGUACGAAGAAACUAGGAAAUUUUUAAGCGCAGAGCCUGAUAUUACAUUUGCCGACUUGCUAGCAGUCAGAGAUGACAUAGCAUUAAUUGAAAAAACAAGCAAUGCAAGUGUUAGAAAAAAUACUAAAAGUGACAUCAAUUAUAGAGCGUAUGAACAGGAGCCACCACCGCCUGAAAUGCCACCAUGGCAAAAAGACAGAGUAGCAGGACCUUCAACGUCUGGUGGAGGUCGCGGAGGUCGCGGAGGUCGCGGAGGUGGCUACAGAGGUCCGGGCAAUAGUGGAUAUGCAGAUGGUGGGUCUUAUGGUUCUAACUAUUCUACCAACAAUAGUGGAUUUGGUGGACAAGCAGGGGAGUAUGGGGGGAAACGAGGAGGAGGAUAUGGAGGAGGUCAAGGGGGAGGAUACGGAGGAGGUCAAAGUGGUGGAUAUGGAGGAGGUCAAAGUGGUGGAUAUGGAGGAGGUCAAAGUGGUGGAUAUGGAGGAGGUCAAAGUGGUGGAUACAGAGGAGGUCAAAGUGGUGGAUACGGAGGUGGUCAAAGUGGUGGAUACGGAGGAGGUCAAAGUGGUGGAUACGGAGGAGGUCAAAGUGGUGGAUACGGAGGAGGUCAAAGUGGUGGAUAUGGAGGAGGACAAGGUGGUGGGUAUGGAAAGACUCAAGGAGGAGCAUAUGGAGGAAAUCAAAGUGGAGGAUAUGGAGGAAAUGAUAGUUAUAGUGGAGACAACAGAGAUGCAGGUGGACAACAGUAUCAAAGAGGAGAUGCAGGUGGUGGUAGCGGAAGUAGGGGGAAUAGAGUUCAGGGAGGAUGGAAUCAAGGAAAUAAUUCUAGUACAGAUAACUAUCAACGUGGUGGAUACAAUAGAGGUGGAAGCAGAAAAGGACGCCAAUACUAAAAUGCUAUUCCUAAAAUACCAUUCUUACAUCACGUUCUUACAUCAGUUUACAUUAA